AUGUUUGUUGCAAGACGUAUUCAGACGGUAAAGAAGAGCCUUGGAUGUGGCAGCCAAUUUUUACACAUCAAAUCUGUAUCCACGCCAAAUGAGAACGCAUUAAAAUUUAUCUCCACGGAUGGUGAACUUCUGCAGGAAAGAGGCAAGCCGAGUGUCGAGAUCAAGAAUACAGACGAAUCGCUGAUAAAACACUCGCCACUUGCGUCGCGCCUCUUCACACAGUGCCCCGGCGUUGAAGCCCUGAUGAUCGGAGAUGACUUUAUUACAGUGAACAAAGACGAGAUGGUGCACUGGAAUCAGAUUACCCCCAGUGUGAUUGACCUGCUUACACAAUACUUGGCAUCAGGAAGAGAAGCGGUGACUCCAGAGUUUUUUAGCGUGCAGGAGCAGGGCGUGGGAUAUGACGUGAACGUUCCCAAGUUUGAGUACAAUGAGGACGAACAAGAAAUAAGCGACAUGAUUGACGAACUGAUCCAGACGCGGAUUAGGCCAGCGAUUAUGGACGAUGGUGGAGAUAUACAGUAUCGAGGCUAUGAUCCGCAGACAGGUACUGUGUAUCUGAAACUGCAGGGCGCUUGCAAGUCCUGUUCGUCCAGCGAGGUAACGCUCAAGCAUGGUAUCGAGUCGAUGCUUAAACAUUAUAUUGAGGAAGUUGAAAAUGUUGUUCAGAUUCUCGAUCCCGAGGAGCAGGUCGCCUUAAAAGAGUUCGAGAAGCUUGAAAAAAAACUCGAGUCGACUGCCGCUUGA